GGAGACCGCGACGGGCCUGCUUCAACAAGAACACAACUUACAACCAUAGUCGUCAACGAGAAUGAGGAUACGAGCAGCACGGAUCCCCGUGCCCAGAAAGCCCGUCACAAGGUCCUUAAUAGACCAAAUACCACAGACUGCCACACCCUCCAAGAUCAACCCAACACCCUCAUCAAACCCAAACAAGCGCACUCUCGAAGAACUUACGCCUACCGAUCUAUGCUACUACUGGGAUACCAAACCCCCAACCCCGUCCCAACUCGCCUUCGCAGACAAGAUAUUCAUCCCGUCCCGCCAUUCACCCCUCAAACUAUGGUCUGCCAGCAAAUUCCGCACCACACCUAUCUCCUCCAUCGAGCCAGAAGUCGCAUUCCUCGGCCGCUCUAAUGUCGGCAAGAGCUCGCUGCUUAAUGCUAUCAUGGGCCAAGACAUAUGCUGGACAUCCUCCAAACCGGGUCGCACACGAGAAAUGAAUGCAUUCGGGAUUGGCGGUACAAAGGGUGGCGAACAUAAGGUGGUGUUGCUUGACAUGCCCGGUUAUGGCAAGGCGAGUCGCGCGGAAUGGGGAAUGGAGAUUAUGAAGUAUCUCCAGGGCAGGAAACAACUCCGCCGGGCCUUCAUCCUCAUUGACAGCGAACACGGCAUAAAGCAGAACGACGCCGAGAUCCUCAGCCUAUUCCGCCGCAACGCGAUCCCCCACCAAAUCAUCCUCUCCAAAGUCGACAAAGUCCUUGCCAAGAACAGAAAACAAAUGAAGUCCGGCGCAUCGGCAAUUGGAAUCCAGCGGCUACAGGAUUUUCUGCGCAAGUUGCAGCCGCAGGUGCAGCCGGAUCAGAGUAUAUCGAACGGGCCCGGUGCGUUGGGGGAGAUUUUGACGUGUAGUGCUGAUACGCAUGUGGGACCUGGUCGAGUGUUGGGUGUUGAUGCGGUGCGAUGGGCUAUCUUGUCGGCGGCGGGUAUUGAUGGAAGUUUGGAGGGUGUGCAGCCUACGCCGGAGGUUCCAACUUGAGUGGACGGGACUAUCACGAGAAUAUCAAGUCCACGAUUGGCGAAGAUUUAGGUACUCUACAUACGUGCCCAGUGAGGACGAACUUAGCACCAUUCGUCCACCCAAAGACUGGGGGCACAACAAAUAUCCGACCAUUCUGGGAAGAGGCUCCUAAGUGUCUACUGCCGCCUCUUGGUUGAGUAUGUUGACCGAGGAGAAGUCUCCCGGCCCCCGGCAAAAGGAUGCGUCUGAAUCUUUAAGCCCACCGCUAAAUUCGCCACGGGCAAGGUUGUGCUGGGAAUGCAAGCCUCCCAGAUGAUACUAUUAUACCCACUUGACUCAGAGCAUGCAAGAAAUUAUAUUAAUAGCCAAUUUGGGUUGUAUCUAUUACCACCUAACAAGAUCAUGAAUAUUGAAAAUAAGAGACGUAAUGAUCAGAAUCCAGUGUCGCAACAGGCUCCUAGGACAGUAUAGAACCCAUUUGCCAUCUUUUACGAAGCACAAGGAAUGAUUUUAACAUGCAGGACACAGGGACAUUGACGAUUGCAAACAAUAAGAGACAAAAUUGUAGGUUAAAUGCAGAGAGGACGAUAGAUAGGAUCAUGAACGUGUAAAAGGAUAGCAGAAACCCCCCCCC